UAAGAAGCCAGGACCUAAUCUUCCCCUUUAGAUUGCUUUGCUGGUUCCUGGGGAGGGGAGGGUGGGGGAUCAGUCCCUCGAGGAUCACGUACACUUUGGGAAGGCCAUGCACAGGAAAGUCGGAGGUGAAAGUAAUUGAAUCCCUGAAGUAUUUCCCCUCACAGAGAGAGCGAGGUUGACUUUACAUUUGGACUCCACGCGAUGCAUGUGAAGGUGUUUUCCCUGCUCAUUCUCUUAAGAACCACUUCAUAUUUGGUUGCCCACGGCCAAUACCCAGAAGUAGUUAUAACUGACCCCAGUGAUGGCAUUAUCAAGGAAGGGCAGUGGUUCACUCUGAAGUGUCGGUACAGGAACACAUAUAUAAAGGCUUCCUGGUAUAAAAACAACAAUUAUGAUGUUAAAUCUAGUGAAUUUAACAAAAGAGCUGACAGGAAAACCGGAGGCUCUUACCAGUGUCAAAGAGACAACUUUUGGAGCCGAACCUCAAGAAGUAAACCUUUGGAAGUGGUGACGAUUGCUUCCGAUGUGAUGUUGACCGUGCAAGUCCAUUCAAGUACCCUGCUGCUUGGUGAGAUGUCUGUUCUGAAAUGCUCCAGGCAUCCCUGGGGAUUUGAGAGAGAUUACACUUCCCUUUGGUAUCGAAACAAUUCCUUAAUUGAAGGAGAACAUGAACCUGAGUACACGAUAGCAAGUGCGAAAUUUUCAGAUGGAGCAACUUAUCGAUGUGAACAGAGAUUGGGUUUCAGGAGGUGGAUCUCACAUGAUGAAAGCAUCAUUGUAAGAGAUCUCUGCUCUGAGCCAACACUGCAAGCAGACCCCAGUGUGGAACUAUUUGUUGGUGAACGCUUUAAGCUCGCCUGUUUGGCUGAACCCUUUCACGAUGAUCACUCCCUGUUGUAUGUAUUUUACAAAAAUGGGGAAUCUCUCAAUUUCCCUUCAGAGAAGAGCAGUUACACAACAGAGGAGGCAACAUUGGACCAUUCAGGAACUUACCAAUGUGAAGUCAAGACUCGAGACAGUAAACUGAGGAAAAAGAGUAAUAUAGUUCCCAUUUCAAUCAAACGCAUCCCUGUGUCAGUUCCAGACCUGAGUAUCCACCCUGGCAACGAGGUAGUGGAGGGAGACAGCACCUCAUUAAACUGCUCUGUGACCAGAGGUUCGACUCCAAUUCAAUAUAUUUUCUACAGAGAUGGCAAGGAGAUUUACUGGGAGUAUUCCAACCACAGCAGAACCAUACACACAUUCAUCAACGCCAGCAAAAGACAAGAAGGCUAUUACCACUGUGCUGUUUCUAACCAGGAAGGAGAGUCUCUCCAGUAUAGCAAAGCCAUUGCUGUUUCAGUGAUUGUUCCUGUUGCCGGGGUUUUCCUUAGCCCCAAUGCCAAUAAAACAGAGGUUCCGAUUGGGAGUCGUCUUGUUCUCAAGUGUGUAUUAAGCCAAGGCACAGGACCCUACUUUCAGUGGUACUUCCAACAGAAAGCCUUAAACAAUGCCAGCGAGAAUUACAACUUUAGCUCGGACAGGAGAGAGCUGGCAAUUGAAUCCUUCCAGGCCCAUCUCCAAGGUCGAUACCAGUGUGCCGUGAUCAACAGGGGUCCCGGCGGAAUGAUAUUUAAUGUGACCAGUAAUUCCAUCAACCUCAUGGUGCCAGGAAAUCCCUCUCUGAAACCAGCACAGGCACACAGCGCCGAGAUGGCAGCACUUAUUGUCCCACUGUUUCUGAUCCUUUCUCUCCUCGCAUUGCUUCCCAUCAAACUACGGAACAGGAAACAAGCUGAUUCUUCCAGCAGAUCCCAGCAGCAGAGAGAGGUGAUGGGAAAUCGAGCUGAGGACGUGACUGAAGACAGGCGCACAAGAAAUUUCGAUUAUGCAGAGAUUGGGCCAAGUCGACUGAAUAUGACGAGCUGUGCUGGAACCGUGUACAGUUCAGUAACAAACACAGGGAUGCACGACGUUGAUACCAAGACGGAUGGUGGUUUGGUGUACUCGGUCAUCACUAUCCCAAAGCCAAGAAACACUGCUCACUGUGAUGUUGCAUCAGGCGGGAAACACGCUGACCAAGCAGACCAGCAACCAUCCUGCAUCACAUACGCCACACUGAGGCACACAGAUAUGCGAGGGGAUGAGGAACCAGGUCAAGGUGAAGAGGGAAACGUUUAUGCCAAUCUUCCGCGGACAUUGUGAGACAGCACAGAAGAAUCCCUUCAAUGCCUCACAAAUUGAUGGAUAGCAAUUGUUCCUUCCAGCAAAUAAGGGGGAGAAGGAAGAGAGGACAGAGGAGCGUCAGGUUUCUGCAGCUGAGAAAUGGCUAAGCUUUGUUUCCAUUCACUCAGCCUGACAUCACUUCUAAACAUGAACUUGCCUUGAGAAUCUAUUUGAAUAUCAAUCUCUCACAUAACGUUGAGUGGGUCAAUCUCUUCUGCUGCAGCAUGAUCUGACCCUUGAUGGCAGGGAUUUGAGAUUUUGUGCUGUACAUUCCUAACUUGAGUAUCCAUUUGAUCUCCUGGUGAGUGAAUCAGGGCAGAUGAGCCAAUGAAUUGAAUCUACUCUGCAUUUAUUUUUUAAUUGUGGUGAGCUAUUUUUAGAGGUAUGAUUAUUCUCCAGCCUAAUCCACAUCACCCUCUAACUUCAUCAUUUUCAAACAUAUAUCCAGCUCUCCCUUCAUACCUCAUAUGGAAUCCACCUCCACCACUCUCCCAGGCAGCGCAUUCCAAAUCCUAACAAUGCUCCGAGUGAAGAUGUUUCUCCUCAUCUCACUCCUAGCUGUCUUGGUGACAAACUUGAAAUUCUGACCCCUGGUUACUGACAUAGUGGAAACAGAGUAUUCUACAUUACCCUCUCAAAAUUCUUCAUAAUUUUGAACACCCCCAUUUGUGUCCUCUUUUAAUCUUCUCUGCUCCAGGGAGAGUAAGCCUGGUUUCAUUAAUCUUUCUUUGAACAUAAAAUCCUUCAUUCCUGCUAUCAUUCUAGUAAUCUCCUUUAAACCAUUUCCAGAGUGUUCUUCCUUAAAUAAGGUGCCCAGAACAGAACACAAAUGUAGCCUAUGCAAUGUGGUCUUAGCAAUGAUUUGUAGAGGUGUAGCAUUACUUCCUUGCUUUGAGACUCAAUGCCUCUAUUUUUAAACUCAAAGAUCCUUUGAACCUGCUUCACAACUGUUACAACUGGCCUGGCCACCUUCAGAGAACAAUGCACAUGAACCCCAAGAUAUCUCUGUUCCAAUUUUCCCUUUAAAGCUGUUUCAUUGAGCUUGUAUUGUUUCUUUGUAUUUUUCUUUGCAAUAUGCAUAAGCACAUAUUUUUCUGCAUUGGCAUUUAUCUGGCAGGUUUCUGCCCAUUUGGCCAAUUUGCCAAUGUCCCUCUGAAGUAACUCAGUAUCAUCCUCACAAUUCACUCUUCUCCCUGACUUAGUAUCAUCUGCACAUUUAGAGAUUUUAUCCUCAAUACCCAACUCGAAACCAUUGCUAAAAUCAAUAUAUUUAUCGACACAUACCUGUCAGUUUCUCUUAUGUAAAUGUAUGACUAUUUACCAGCCUGUAUCUGUUAGUUUCUGCUGAGAAUUGAGAGUGACAACAUUAAUCUGUAUCUGUCAGUUUCUGUUGUGUGAAUAUGAAUCCAGCUCCCAGUCAAUGCCUCUGUUUCUGCCUUCUCAUUAUAUAAAUGUACUUAUCAAAGUACACCUGUCAGUUCCUGCUGGGUGAACGUGCGAGUGGGGUUCUGCUCUGUAAAUAGCAGAGUCUAGUUAACAGACUAUACUUGUCAGUUUAUGCUCUGUGAAACUGGGAGUGUAGUUAUCAUUGUGUAUGUCCGUUUUAGCUUUGAGAAUGAGGGUGAAGUUAUUCAUCUCUCCCUGACAGUUCCUGCAAUGCGAAUGCAUGACUGACAUUAGCAGAAACCAAGAGAGACUGAUAACUACAGUCACACCUUUACAUUGUAGUCAAUGUGUUGUCAUCAUUUGUGUGUUUCUGCAAUAUGAACAAGUGGGUGUAGUUAUCAAUCUGUAUGUGUCAGUUUCUCCUCAUGUGUCAAAAUGGCUAAGUCUCUGAAGGCCAGUAUUAUUCUCUGUGACUGUAAGAAAAGGCUGGGUCGUAAUCUUUUCUGCAUUAUGUGAUUUAUGAGUUGAGUGUCAGUCCGUGUGGUAGGUGAGGGGGGUGAGGAAGUUCAGGACAUGGGGUGAUAACAGGAGGGGAACUGCUUUAUUCUGAGAACCAUUGUGACUAAUGGUCACAUAUUUCCUAUUUGGUCAGACAGCCUGAGAUCUGUGGUACCACUGAUUAAACUGCUUGUUUCUCACCAAAAUCAGAAUCACAGAUAUGGUACAGCAUAGGAGCAGACCAUUCAGCCCACUGUCUCUGUACUGGGAAUUUUUUAUGCAUCAGUUCCGCAGUAAUUGUUAGGAAUGUGAACUUCAUCUAUUCAUUGUCAGCGUCUAUUUGUAAGGCCAAUAUGACAUUAGUUCUGUGGAUAUCUGGCUUUUCAUAAUGAUAGUGGCGGUUUUGAUAUGUUUCCCACAGUCUCAGGGCGAGUACAUGGAUCUCAUUCUCGUAUGUUCAGUUGUGGUUUGUGUCGGAGUAGUAAACUCUGUCAAACUCUUUUCAAUUGCACUGAACUGCAUUGCAUUUCAGUCUCAGUUUGUUUUUACAUUGUGCAUGAGGUUGAGUGCGCAGUAGAAUCUAUCUGUCACUACUGGGCACUGUAAUAGUCCAAUAUCUUCAGGUGUAAUCAGAGAUUUUGAGAGUCAGUUCAUAUCUGGAAAUUACUGUGAGGCCGUACUUCAUUCUUUUCCUUUUAGCAUCCACUGGCUGUGUGUGAGUGAGUUUUCCCUUGUGCUGCCAGUCUGUAUCUCAGUUCCCGUCUCCUGUAGUGAAUGGGAAACCACCGAAGAUCUUUAAUUGUUGGUGCCUGUGGGAAUCAUGUGCAAGUGAAAGGCAACACACUGCUACAGAAGGGACUCUGUGCUGUUCCUCAGAUUCAAGACUGGAAACACAAUGGGCCUUUGUAACUUAUAUAGUGUAGAGUUGAACAGGGAUUAAUGAUAUAAAGUGUUGACUGUCAGAAUAACAUCCGUUUCUUUUUCAGUGUGUAGUGAUAUGCUUUUCUGAGUAAUGCUAAAGUAGCAAUCAGUGUAAACUGUGAAAGCCAAUGGCAGUGAACAAUUCAACUGCAUUGCAGCGGCCUGACCACACAGUGUCGCUUGGACAGAAAAGACAAACGGGGAACUUAUUCCCUGAUGUAGACAGGACAUGACCCUGCUCUGUGCCGUGAUGGUGGAAGCAAUUACUGGUACUCUUGUGUUGUUCUAUGGGAGGGAAGUGGAAAGGAAAAGGAAGUUUAUUUUCUGUCUUGCAGUGCAGCAGAUUUAAAGUGUGAAGCACAAUUUAUUGAACAAUCAACACUGUUCAACUCUGCUUUGAAACAAAAUUAGUGUUUCACAAACCUACCAAGCAAACCAAUUUUGUCUAUUUUUAUUUUGUGCACUGCUUCGAAAGGUAACCACUUGAUUAAACUGAUUUAUUGUGAAAAUUGAAUUCAGAUAUCUUGGUAUUUCUCUGCAAUACAUUCUAGGGAGGGCCAGGAGGAAUGUCAGGCUCUUUAUAGAAAAUUGAGAUUAAUUUUGAAAGAGGUACUCGAGGUUUCUUGCUGGACUGAAAAAGACAAAGCAAAUUCUAAUCCUGAAAGGUGAAGAAAAGGAGAAUGAUGUUGCGAUAAAGGUGGGGAUGGCAGCUUCUCUGCUGCUAUCAUACAUUUAUGUGAAUGAAAUGUUGAAUGAACGGGAUGAGAAUUCUCGGUGCAGACUCAAUAAUGUGAAGGACUGCAGGCCUCUCUGGCAAUGGUUCUGUGAGUAGAAAUCAUUCCAGAUGUGACAGUUGCUGUUGCUUGCAAUGUGUAUGGUACUACAUGGCUAUUAUAUGUUGGAGCAGUAUAUGUAUUUGACUGUGAGAGAGAGGGGAGGGUGCAAGAGAGGGAGUGAGAGUGUAUAUUAACAAUUCUCUCGACGUCAGGCUUUGGCACAGCACGUGCAUUUAGAAUUCACAUUAUUUAAGUGUUGUGACUAUGUAGGUGACAAAUAUUCAUUAGAAUAAUAAUUAAUUUUUUUGUUACUGCUAACUGAAAUGUUUGCUUCAACAUCUGCACUCCAUAUCUACUUCCCAUGUGGUUGGUCAAACUAGCAGCAUCAUCCAUUUGUUCACCUUGACUGUAAUGCUAAAAGUACCCUUACUAAAUGCAGAUUUCAUGCAGUUCCUGAGUAAAUAUUUUGGAUGAGGAUUCAGUCUGUCAUUCCUCAAGUUUUUGACAAUGUGAGUAGUGAAAUUGUUUGGAACUGGGUGGCUGGAAGUGACAGUCCAGAUAAAAGAUAUACACUGGUAUUUCCUCAAUGGUGUUUGACUCUUGGUUAGAACACAUCUCUCUGGAAAUUGCAUUCAAUGUGUGAGAUUGAAUCUGCGAUCACUGUGGCUAGGAUAUUCUAUGCUCUGACAGUGUAACAUACCUGGUGGUUGUUGUAAGAUGCUGGUCACAAUUGGCUUUGUACUGAAGAAACACUAAACUGUCCUGGUCCUUCAAGUAUUUGCCUGGAGGAAGAAGGGUUACCUCCUGUAAACUAACAUCAGCCAAGAUCGGCAAUAUUAAACUGAUCAAUGUGAUAUUCAGUUAAUUAUUCAUUAGGAUUGUUUGUUCAGAGCCAGCUAUUUGAACAGAACCAGGGUCUGAUUCUACUCCUACCCUGAGCUGCUCCUUACUUAUUUUUUUUCUGAAAACUCUAAUACAUAGUUCAGAGAGAUCCAAAAACUAACCAACACUGAUACAGCUGCAUGAGUGGGACUACUUGAUCCUACUGGGUAUAUGGAUAUGUGAGUUUAGUUAUCGAUAUAUAUCUGUCAGUUCCCGCUUGUUGAAUGUGUGAGUGUAGUUCCAGAUUUGUACCUGUCAGUAUAUGCUCUGUUAAUUUUUAAAAUAAUUUCACAUACAGUGAGAUACAGUGAAAUGCUCUGUUUCCGAGCAGUACAGCCAGAUCACAGUAAGCAAGGAUGUACAGAUCAAAACAACAUAGACAGAGGCAUGCAGGUUACAUUUCACAGGGUACGCACUUGGAGAGAUCAACAUUAGUGAAGUCUAAAGAGUCCACUUUUCCACACUGUAGGUAAUCUAAUCUCAUCAAUUUAAUAACAACCAGGAAAAAGCUGCCCCGAACCUGCUCAUCUGUAUGUUGAGACUUCUGCCUGAUGUCAGAGGUUGUAGGAGAUCAUUCAUCUCUGGAACAUCGACGCAACAAAGCCACCUACGUCAGCCUCCAGAUCAUUGACUACAGCUCCACCUUCAGCACCAUUAUCCUGUGCAGGCCGAUGUCAAAACUCCGUGACCUUGGUCUCGGCUCCACCCACUACAAGUGGAUCCUCAAAUUUCUAACCCAUAGACUGCAAUCAGCAAAGACAGACAACUGCAUCUCCUCUAUAAUAACACACAACACUGGAGGCCACCCACCAAGGAUGUGUCCUCAGGCCGCUACUGUACAUCCAAAACUGUGGGGCCAAUUUCCAAAUGAACACCAUCCACAAACUUGCUGAUGACACCAUCGUAGUGGGACACAUAUGGAACAACCAGGAGUCAAAACCCAGAAGGGAGAUAGAGGGCUUGAUGACAUGGCGCAGUGAAGGUGACCUCUCUCUCAACAUUGGAAAAACUAAAGAGCUGACCAUUGGCUUCAGAAGGAAAGGAGGAGCCCCCCCACCCCACAUCUACAUCACUGGAACUGAGACCAAGAGGGUGGAGAGCACCAAGUUCCUCGCAGUAACAAUAAGCAACAACCUGCCCCGGGCUUCCCACGGAGAUGCAACAGUCAAGAAGACAACAACAAUGCCUCGUCUUUCUCAGGCGGCACAGGAAAUUUGGCAUGUCCACAGGGACUCUCACUGACUUCUACAGAUGCACCAUUGAAAGCGUCACUGUCUAGGUGCAUAAUGGCCCGGUAUGGCAACUGCUCUGCCCAGGACUGUAAAAAAUGACAGAAGGUGGUGUGCACAGCCCAGUCAACCUGUUCCUAUCAGUCUCUGUAAAUAUACUUACACAGUCACACUUAAGGUGCAGAUCCAGGUAAUUCAUCUUGAAAACUGUUUUGAAUCUCUGACUCCACCACCAAUUCAGACAGAAAGUUCUAACGCCAACCACCCUCUGCAUAACAGAACAUAGAACAGUAUAGCACAGUACAGGCUCUUUGGCCCAUGAUGUUGUGCCGAACUUCUCCCUUCAUCCUCAGGUCUAUCUAACCUCCACUCCGAACUCAGACUAACAGCCUUGUAGCCACUUAAAUGCCCCGAAAGAGGCCGACUCCACUACCCUCUCCAGCAAUGCAUUCCAUGACCUGACCACUCUCCGAGUAAAGAGCCUACCUCUGACGACUCCCCUAUAUCUACCUCCACUCACUUUAAAAUUAUACCCCCUCAUAAUAGCUACUUCCACCCUCUGGCUGUCCACUCUAUUGACACCUCUGGUCAUUUUGUACACCUCUAUCAAGUCAGCUCUCAUCCUUCAUCUUUCUAAAGAGAACAGCCCUAGCUCGCUCAAACUUCCCUCCUAAGAUCUUACCUCCAUUCCAGGCAACAUCCUGGUAAAUCUACUCCGUACCUUUUCCAAUGAUUCCACAUCUUUCCUGUAACGAAACAGCCAGAACUGGACACAAUACUCCAGAUGUGGCCAAACCAUGCUUUUGUAAAGCUGGAGCAUAACUUCACUGUUCUUGAACUCAAUCCCUCUAUUAACGAAAGCUCACACGCCAUAUGCCUUCUUAACAACUAUCCACCUGGCUGGCAGCUUUCAGGGAACUGUGAACAUGAACCCUAAGAUCCCUCUGUUCCUCCACACUGCCAAGAACCUUUCCAUUAACCCUGUAUUCUGCUUUCAAGUUUGUCCUUCCAAAAUGAAUCACCUCACACUUUUCAGGGUUAAAUUCCAUUUGCCGCAUCUCAGCCCAGCUCUACAUCCUAUCAAUGUCCCUUUGUAACCCAGAACAGCCCUCUGCACUGUUCACAACAUGACCCACCUUCAUAUCAUUCACGAACUUGCUGAUCCACCCUUCCACGCUUUCAUCCAAAUCACGUGCAAAGAUCACAAAUAGAAGAGAACACAGAACAGAUCCUGUUGGUACACCACUUGUAAGUGAGCACCAUGUUGAAUAUUUUGCAUCCACUGCCACCCUUUGUCUUCUAAGGGUCAGCCAAUUUUGAAUCCAAUCUGCCACAUUUCCCCCAUCCCAUGCCUCCUUACAUUCUACGUGAGCCUACCAUGGGGAACAUGAUCAAGCACCUUUUUAAAAUCCAUGUGUACCAUCCACAGCUCUACCUUCAUCCACAUGUUUGGUCAGCUCUUCAAAAAAAAUUCAGUAAGGUUUGUGAGGCAUGUUCUACCCCUCACAAAUCCAUGCUGACAUUCACGAUUCAAAUUGUGGCUUUCCAAGUGAUCAGAAAUCCUCUCUCUGAGCCCUUUCCAAUCAUUUUUGCUCCAAUGAUGCAAAACUAGCUGGCCUAUAAUUUCCAGGGUUAUCCUGAUGGCCUUUUUUGAACAAUGAAAUGACAUUUGUCUCUCUCCAAUUUUCCAGAACUUUACCCGUUGACAGUGCAGAUGAGGAGAUCAUUGCCUAAAGCACUCCGAUCUCUUCCCUCGCUUCCCACAGAAUCCUUGGACAAAUCCCAUCAGGCCUGGGAGACUUAUCUUCAACUUCUUCAAAGUUCCUAGUAUAUCUUACUUCCUAACAUUGACCUCUUCCAGCCUACGAUACUGUUUCACACUGUUUAAAAAAAUCCUUAAGAAUCCUCUGAUCCUUCAACCACUUCACUUCAAUCAAUGCCCUCUGAUUUUUGAACAGUUUCUGCCGAGGGAAACAGGUUCCUCCUGUCUCCCCUUCUCACAGUUUUGUUUUUUUUUAAUCAUGGCACCACUCAGCCUCCUCUAUUCCAAGCAACAUAACCCCAACCUCUGCAAUCUCUCCUCGUAGCUACAAUCUCCAGCCCUGCCAACAUUCUGGUAAAUCUCCUCCACAGCAAUUACAUCCUUCCUGUAAUGUGGUGACCAGAACUGCACACAAUAGUCCAGCUGCAGCCUCACCAGUUCCGUAUACAGUUUCACAGUUAUAUCCCUACGUUUGUAUUCCAUACCACUGGCAAUGAAGGGGACCAUUCUACAUAAUAAUAAAGUGCGAAGCUGGAUGAACACAGCAGGCCAAGCAGCAUCUCAGCAGCACAAAAGCUGACGUUUCGAGCCUAGACCCUUCAUCAGAGAGGGGGACGGGGUGAGGGUUCUGGGAUAAAUGGGGAGAGAGGGGGAGGCGGACCGAGCAGGGAGAGAAAAGAAGAUAGGUGGAGAUGAGAGUAUAGGUGGGGAGGUAGGGAGGGGCCUUGUUUACAAUCCUAAACGCCUGUACUGCUACUUUUAGGGACCUGUGCACCUACACACCAAGAUCUCUCACUUCAUCUACCCCUCUCAAUAUAUUCUCAAUUAUUUUCAAUUCCCAUUUACUGUUGGAGCUUCCAAAGUGCAUUAUCUUGCAAUUAUCAGAGCUGAACUCCAUCUGCCACUUUCCUGCCGACUCCACUAAACUAUCUGUACCAUUUUUUAUCUUACAAUUAUCCUCUGCAGUACCCACUACAUGGCCAAGUUUGUGUUGUCUGCGAAUUUCAAAUUUUAAACCCACCACAUUCACGUACAAAUCAUCAACACAGAAAACAAACAGCAGGGGUCCCAACACUGAGCCAUGCUGAGCACCACUUGAAACAGCUCUCUAUUCACAAAGCCAGCAAUCAACCACUACAUUUUGUUUCCUGUCACUGAGCCAUCUUUGGACACAAUUCAACAUAUUGCCCUGUAUCCCAGAGGCUUUUACUUUUUGGACCAGUCUACCAUGUGGCACUUUGUCAAAUACCUUACUAAACUCCAUACAGAUGGCAUCCAAUGCACUUCCCUCACACAUUCACAUCACAGAAACUGACAAGGACAGACUGAUAACUAAACUGAUAUAUCCACAUUGUAGAAACUGAUAGAGACUGACUGAUAAAUAUGUUUACAUAUUCACACAGAAGUAAUUAGUCACUGCCUAUUUCCGCGAUAUAAGUAUGAGCUUAGUUAUCAAUCUGUUUAUAUUAGUUUCUGCCAUGUGAAUGUUUGAGUGCAGUUAUCAGUUAUCUGUCAGUUUGUGUACUGUGCUUGUGAGAGUGUAAUAAAUAAUCUCUAGUUGAAAGCAUCUGCUAACUCAAAACAUGAGUAUAAUUAUCAAUCCUUACCUGUUAUGUCCUGCUAUGUGAAUGCAUGAGUGCUGUGAUCAAUCUAUUCUUGUCCUUGUGCUCUGUGAAAUAUAGCUUUAAAUUUGUCCCUGUCAGUCUGACAUGUGAAUGCAUGAGUGUAUUUAGCACUCUGUACAUGCCAGUUUCAUGUCUGGGAAUAUAUAAAUAUAGUUGUCAAUUUUUAUCUGUCAGUUACUUCUUUGUCAAUAUGCGAAUGUUGUUAGCUGGAACAAACAGAUAGCAAUAGAUAUGUUAAUAUGAGAGUGCACUUAUCAAUCUAUGCCUAUCAGUUUCUGCUCUGUCAAUCUGGGAGUAUAGUUAUCAAUAUUUAAUGGGCAAACUCCGUUCUGUGAAAAUGAAUUUAAUUGUUCAAACGUACUGGUUGGAUUAUGCCAAAGGAGCCUGGGCAUGAUAUUUUUAUUCUGUCCAUGUCAGUUUCUGCUAUGUGCAUAUGUCAAUGUCAUUAUUAUUCUGCACCUGUCAGUUUCUGGUUUGUGAAUGUGAGGAUUUAGUUAUUAAUGUCUACCUGUCAGUUUCAGCUAAAAGAAUGAGAGUUUCACUGCCGAUUUCUGCCUGUCAGUUUCUGCUCUGUCAAUAUGUGAGUUUAAUAAUCAGCCUAUCCCUCUCAGACUGCUGUGUGAAUACAGUUGUGUAGUUAUCAAUCUGUGCACUUUCAGCCUCUGCUUGGAGAAUAUGUUUGUGUAAGUCUCAGUCUGUCGCUUCCAGUUUCUGUAAUGUCAAUAUAUGAGUUUAGUUAUAAGUGAAUACCUGUCAGUUUCUUCUAUGUGAACACGUGCAUGUCAUUGUCAAUCAGUACCUACAGCAGGAGAUUAGUGUAGUUAUUGGUCUAUGCCUGUCAGUUUCUGCUCUGUGCAUCGGUGAGUGAAGUUACCAAUCUGUCCCCCAUCAGUUAUUUGAAACCAAGACUGUUACAAGCAAUCAUUCUGCUUUGGGAAUGUGUGAUUUUACCCAUCAAUUUCCACCUAUGAGUUUCUGGCUUUGAAUAGGCAAAUGCAUUUCUCAAUGUGUACAGGUCAGUUUUUAUUCUGUGAAUUUGUAUGUAACAAUAUUAUUCUUCCUGUCAGUAUCUGCAACAUAAAUGUGAGGCUGCAUUUCCCCAUCUCUCCCAGUCAGUUUCUGCUGUGUGAAUGGCCAAGUCAAAUUAUCAGUCCAUGCCUGUCAGUUUCUGUUAUUUGAAUGUGAGUGUGUCUGAUAAAUCAGUUUCAGUUUCCACCAUGUGAAUAUCUGUUUUAUCAUCAAUUUUCUUUUGUGUGCUUCUGGAAUGUGAAUGAGUCAGUGUAGGUGUCAAUCCGUAUCUGUCAGUUUCUACUGUUGUGUAUCAAUGUGCCUUGAUUCUCUAGCAGCCAGUAAUAUUCUCUGUGAAUAUGCAACACAUUCUUAUAUAGCUAAUAGGGCAUUGAGACUGGGUAUUAAUCUCUUCAGCAUUUUGAGACUUCUGAGUUCAUUAUCAGUUGGCAGGAUCUAGGAGGGGUCAUAUAAAUGGGGCUGAUUUCCUCUGAGAACCAUUCUGAAUCAACAGCACAAUUUAUAGUUUACGUGCUGAGUGUGGGUUUUAUAUACCGCAUGUGUCAGAUGCUGAUUCUCUGACUCAGUACGGGAUUUGUUUGUUUGUUCCGCAGUAUCAAUGAGACAUUGAGAAUCAUUUCUGGUAUUGGACAUUGU